AUGGAACUUCGUCCAAACCACCAAUUCAACCCUUUCGCGUCCGAUGAUGAACUUGCGCAAUAUGACCUCCCCGAUCUUGACUUCGACAAGAUGGACUUCAGCGAUCCAGCCACAAUGUCCAAACUCCUAGGCAUGGACGUUCCGCACAAAUCCCCGGCCGAGGUCCGCAAGGAGGCAGAGUCACUGUCGUCCUCUUUACUGGCAAGCUACGACUGCCUGCAGGCCAUCAUCGCACGCCACGAGCCCGCGAUCCACCACCGCUGGUCGCGGAAGAAGAGGCAUCAGCGGCUCGAUACUCUCACGAGAGCCUGGGGCCCCGGGAUGGCCUCCGUGCACCGUCCCGACUUUGACGCUUGGCGCAAGCAGGAGUCGUCGUUGGCUGCUCGCCGGAGCACCUAUGAUAGAGACUGCUUUAUGUGGCCGUACAUCAACCAGGAAGACCUGCUGAAGCCGAAGACACUUCUGCUACUGCUUAACGCGCGGGGCCGGCACCAUCCCUCCGAGUUCGCGGGCGCCGACUACGACGCCAUGCACCUCGGCUGCGUCACCAAGAGGAUUGUCGCGGUGUUCCUCAAUUGUUACGUCAUGAUUCUUCACGGGGCCCGCGACGCCCGUGAGUAUGGGAAGUUGGUGGCGUGGGAGGACCAUCCCGAUGCCUUUGAAUGGAUGCACAGCCGCAGACAAUUCAUGCCUGGCGAGGGCCUUCUCAUCCUCGAAGCGCAGGAGAGGACGCUGAGUUUCCUAGUCAAGUGCUGCGAGCUCAUCCUCCACGACAUCCCCUCUGACACCCUGGCCACGGACGCCUUCCCCGUCCAGCCGGAGCCCGAGUUCAAAAACGAGCAGGAGGCGGACGGCUUUGACUCGUUGGCGGCAAUGGCGGCAGAAGCCCCCUACCGCUUGCCCGCGCGCCUCGACCUCGACCGGAUUCAGUCCCUCCUCGGUGCCAAGGUGGCGGCUGCGAGAGACCACAUUUGGUCGCUCCGCGAGGACCCGGGAUACUUUGCAGAGCAGCUCGCCGAGAUCAAAGAGCAUCGGCAAGAGAUGAUUAAAGACAUCAACGGUAGCGCGCAUCCCACACUUAGCCGCCUCAAUCAGGAAACAUUCUGGGCCCGCGUGGUCGCGGAGACUGUGGCCAGGGCGUACGAGGAGCUCGAAGUCUACACGCAACUCCACGAGCUCGCGUCGGAGCUGCGGGGGGUUCUUGCCGCUCACGCCGGGUCGAUAGAUUUGUCCAAAGAUCUGCCUGACGAGGUCAUGAACUGCCUCCUCAAAUUCCGUUUCUUCCUCAACGAAGCAGCGAAGGGACCGCUUGGGCAGCUUAAGCAGAGCGUCGUCGCCUCCCCGCCGAUGCGCCGCUUCGUCACGCGCGAUCCGCCCGUAAACGCUACAUUCAUCAGCAUCAAGAUGAAGGGCGGGGUGAAGAUGAACAAGAUCGAGACGCAGCUGAUGUGGCUCCUCCGCACCCUUUGGGAAGACGGCCAAAAUCUCUUCCUCGCGAGCAUGCCCCUGGUUCUUGACGAGUUGGAACGCCUGCUGCACGCGGAGCCGCAGGCAAAGGAGCUGGUUAGUCCGUACAUUGCCAGCGUCAUCGGCAACCUGUCCAUCAUCUCGCAGUGCAUCUCCCAGCUGGACCUCUAUCAGCCGUGGGCACGGAGCUACGAGUCAAAGAUGGUGGACAGGGGGGAUGUCUUGAAAGCGGAGUUUGCAAUGCAGACCACUGGGCGGGCCAGGGUCAUGGCAGUCCUGAAAGAGAGUAAUCUUCUACCCGCUGCGAGGCUGGCGGAGCCCUCGAAUAAUAGGUUUACCUACCCGUCGGAGAAACGGCGGACCAAGGCAAUUACGGCCACGCUGAUCGAAGCCGAGAGGAACGUCGACGCGGUCUGGGCAACCGUCGACCGCCUCAUACGUGAAAAGGCUGGGGGCUUGUGGAUGGAUGCCGUGAGACAUGUCCUGGAGUACAACCGCAGCCUGCAGCGCACCCCCAAGUGGGUUGACGAGCCAGAAGCCACCGGAGAAAAGAAGCCUAAGCCGACGGACGUUCAGACGGACAUGAUUUAUCGGCCGCUGUCCACACUCUACUUUGAGAAAUCAGGAGAGGCGGCACAGGAUGUAACUCGGCCUCCCAAGACGAAGAAGAAAACGAAGGGCGCCGCAUCACAAGACCUAGCAGAAACAUCCAUCCCUACCGCAGACGCAGACGCGAGCAACGAACCGGUCUCAUCCCCAAUUUGCGUCGAUGCCCGCUCCUUCAAAGUCUUUCGCACGUUGUUCUUCGACCCCAACGUCACGUCCCACCCGGGCCAGGUCUCGUGGAAGGACUUCCUCCACGCCAUGACCGGGACGGGCAUCUUCGCCGCCGAGAAGCUGUACGGGUCCGUGUGGCAGUUUGAGCGGACGGACGGAGACCAGAGCCGGAUCCAGUUCCACGAGCCGCAUCCGUACAGCAAGAUCCCGUUCGUGGUGGCGAGACGGAUUGGGCGGCGGUUGAAUAGGAAUUACGGGUGGACUGGGGAUAUGUUUGUGCUGAAGGGAACCGAGUAA